CUUGUAUCGGUCUCGAAGUAAAGAUAUCGAAUGAAGCUAAUUGUUUCUCCGCCUAUUGCAUAGACCUUUACGUUGAUCCUGAUUAAUAGAUUUGGAACCGAACUUUAUUGUUUAGGUGAUUUUUUAAAUUGCAUCAAAAUGUCUAAUAAGAAGAAGAAGAAGACUCGUAGCGGUUACUUGAAGAAGUCAUCACAAGGAGGAGACAAACCUGAGAUACAGCCAAGGAAACUAGUUCCAAAACCUGGUAAAUUUGGGAAAGAGAUUGAUGAUAUCUUUACUGGGGUAUAUCAGAGGACGCCAGAGGUCCAAGUUCCCGAGUCGAGAGAGGUUAGAGCAGAGAUUGCAAAGAAGAAGAGGAAGAGGAAUGAGCUUAAUGUUGGGGUCAAUAACACCACGGAAAGCCGACCCAGGAUGAGACGACCCAAGAUGAGAACUCUCAAUAACAACAACUUGGAAAGUCAACCCAGGAAGAGAACUCCAGAAGGGUUUCGAGUGUUCAAGGAAGAAGAAAUUGGUUUCAACAGGACCGAUGCUGGUGGUACUCGUCUUUGUCCCUUUGACUGUAAUUGUUGCUUCUAACUCUUCUUAAACCAGUUUUGAACCUUUGUUUUCUGGUGCCAAAGGAGAUUAAACUCGGUUUGGUGUUAAUGGAUGUAUCAUCUCAGAUUCUCAGUUAUAACCAGAAAAAAAUACAUUUUACUUUCUACCCAUUUUGCUCCUAGUCUGAUGAAA